GCUCACGUGAGGCCUUUUGUUGACCGAACGUGACCAUGUUGCUGGGGGACCAAACACGAAUAUUCUCAAUCUGGCUCUCACACCUUUCUGUUAAAGUCAUUGGGUUUUUGGAAAUCGCUGCAAGAAUCCCAUAAUGAAAUAUGGCCUACGGGAGGCAUUCUCAUUGAAACGACUUAUUAACCUUUAGGCUAAGACGACCCAUGGUCAGGGAAACUACAUCUGGACUCAUGAAGAACCCUUACUUGUAAAUACUCAUGACCGUCGAAGAUUCUUGACUCGGCCAAAACAUGUCCGUCAGCAUACAAUCCUGUAACUAGGACUCGCAAUCAGAUCAAGAUGGCGACCGUAAUUGAGCAAGUAGCAGCAGUUCUAAAAGCCACAAUGCGAUUCUGGAGUCUCUUCUCCCUAAUCGCUGUACUUCCUAUCGUCGCAGCUGAUUUUCACGUUGGCUCAGCCCGUUGCACUCAGUCCUUCCCACAUACCGCGGGUGCGGAAGCCAUUUGGGGGGUUAUCAUCCCUUCGAAUCAAGACGGUUGCAUUGGUGCAACGACCUUGUACUUUGGCCAAGGCAUUCAAUAUGGGCCAGGCAUGACCACCAAAGUUUGCGGUGCCACAAUUACGAUUUCCGGUAACCAAACGUGGCGCAGCUCGGAUGGAAAAUACGGACCUUGUUAUUGGCUUAACGGCGUCGUUGGAGCAGUUACGGGGUGCUCGAGUGCACCUUACGAGACCAGGAUCUGGCAGAGCCAGGCGCUCCCGAGAUGUGAGCAACCUCCUUCGAGGACGUAGAGACCAAGACGUCUUUUCCCGGCAGGCUCAAGACGUUUUCUUCGUGGAUUAUUACCGCAGGCGCAAUGAAUUUCGGACGCUCAUAUACAUAUUCCCGUGGAGUUCC